AUGGGGGACGAUAGUGGCCAGGCUGACCUUCACAUCUAUAAAUCCUUAGCUGAGGAUGGCUGUCAUGACUUCAUGAAGCCACCUAAAAGGACCACGGGCAGACUGGUCAUGCACAGCAUGGCCAUGUUUGGCCGGGAGUUUUGCUAUGCAGUGGAGGCAGCUUAUGUGACUCCAGUCCUGCUCAGUGUGGGCCUUCCCAAGAGUCUCUACAGCAUGGUGUGGCUCCUCAGCCCCAUCCUGGGGUUCCUGCUGCAGCCAGUGGUCGGGUCAGUCAGUGACCACUGCCAGUCCAGGUGGGGCCGGCGGAGACCCUACAUCCUGACCCUGACCAUCCUGAUGCUCUUGGGCAUGGCUCUGUACCUCAACGGGGAUGCUGUUACAUCAGUUUUGAUUGCCAACCCAAAGCAGAAGCUGAUCUGGGCCAUAAGCAUAACCAUGGUGGGCGUGGUUUUCUUUGAUUUUGCUGCUGACUUCAUCGAUGGGCCCAUCAAAGCCUAUUUAUUUGAUGUCUGCUCCCAUCAGGACAAGGAGCGGGGUCUCCACUACCAUGCCCUCUUCACAG